GCCCGCCGUCGUCCAUAUAAAUCCUCCAUGUCCUGCUUCAAUUCUCGCCUCCAUCCUCACCACCGCCAUCUGCAACUCCAAGCCUCAAUUACUCAGCUUGCACUCUCAUCCUUACCACUUCCCGUCUGGUAUCUCAGAAAGAACCUCCCAUCAUGGCGCUGCCGCUCUCGGAGAAAGCAGAGGUGGACAAGAAGAGCAUCAGCUCUCAGUCCCUCGACAGCCCCGAACACCUUGAGCACAUCGAGGCCAUCCACACCGUCGAUCUCCCGGAACGCCUUGCCGAGGACGUUUCGUACGGUCCGGGUGGCAUCCGGGGCAUCAUCGCCUCGCCCUAUGUCUGUGGCGCCGCUUUCUUGGCCUCACUUGGCGGCUUCUCCUUUGGUUACGACCAGGGUGUCAUUUCCGUUAUCAAUGUCAUGGACCAGUUCCAUACGGCCUAUCCCGAGACCACGGGAGACUUCUACACUGGCCUCAUGACAGCCAUGCUGGAGCUCGGCGCCUUCCUGGGCUGCUUCUUCAUGCCCGCCCUGGCCGACCGCAUCUCGAGGAAAUGGGCACUGAGCUUUGUUGUCGUUAUCUUCUGCAUCGGCGCCAUCAUCCAGACGGCUGCACCCAACUACGCCGUUCUCGUCGUUGGCCGUUUCAUUGGAGGCAUCGGUGUCGGCACCCUAGCCCUCGGUGCACCCCUCUACAUCUCUGAAAUUGCGCCUCCCAACCUCCGUGGCUCGCUGCUCGUCCUCGAGUCCGUCUCGAUCGUGACCGGUGUCCUUGCGGCCUACUGGAUCGCCUACGCCACUCGCGGCAUGACUGGCGAGAUCUCGUUCCGUCUUCCCUUUGGCUUGCAGAUGGUCUGUGCCAUUCUGCUCGGCACGUGCAUCCACUUCUUCCCCUACUCGCCGCGUUGGCUGGCGCUGCGCGGCCGCCAUGAGGACACGCUCUUGUCUCUGGCCCGUCUCCGUGGCCUGCCCCCUUCAGACGACCGCGUGCAGAUCGAGUUCAAGGGCAUCAUGGCCGAGGUCGAGUUCCAGAAGGUCAUCAAGGAGCGUCACCACCCCGGUGCCCGCGGCUUCAAGCUGGAACUCCUCGAGUGGCUCGACCUCCUCAAGAAGAAGAGCUGGCGCCGUACUGCCGUCGGCGUAGGAGUUGCCUUCUUUCAACAAUUUUCCGGAAUAAAUUCAUUUAUCUACUAUGCUCCUACCCUUUUCAGAUCUAUAGGGCAGAGUGACGACAUGUCGCUAGUGUUGUCGGGAACACUCAAUGUGGCGCAGGUCGUGGGUGUGGCAUUCUGUUUCUUCCUGAUCGACCGGGUAGGAAGGCGCCCACUGGCCAUCUACGGCGGGCUCGGCAUGGCACUGCCGUAUAUCAUCAUGAGCGUACUCGUUGGACUGUACAGCUCGGACUGGGCCUCACACACGGCCGCCGGCUGGGCCACGAGCGCCAUGGCGUACGUCUACGUGCUCGUGUACGGCGCGUCAUACAGCCCUCUGGGCUGGGCCUUGCCAGCAGAAGUAUUCCCGAACGCGACGCGCGCGAAGGGCGUCGCGCUGUCGACGUCGGUGGUCUGGCUCUGCAACUUCAUUGUCGGCGUUGUGGUGCCGACGAUGAUUGCUCAGGCAGGCUACGGGACUUAUGUCUUCUUCGCGGUCAUGUGCCUGCUGUCGGCUGUGUGGGCGUAUUUCCUGGUUCCUGAGACGAAGGGCCGUACGCUCGAGGAGAUGGACCAGGUCUUUGGCGAUAAUUCGGGAGAGGAGGAGAAGCAGGUUAUGAAGCAGUUGGCGCUGGGGGGGAUGCGCAGGGAUGGGCUGGUGGGGGCGGGGAAUGUUUAGUGAGUUUGUAUGGUGGUGGUGUUGCACUGAUACCCUGAUGGCAUUGGGCGGCGUUUUUCUUAUUUUCUUUACUUUUUUGCUGGGUUUUAGGAGCGUAGGUUAUGAGAUGAUGGCAAUUAUGAAUUGGAGUUUUAUAUCAUAUAUGCUUGUUGGACUGUUUGCUUUUGGGGUUCUUGAGUGUUCGAUCAGGCUUGCUUCUUGAUUGUAUACUAAACAUGAUUCCUCUAGGUACUUACGAAGUACUUCCUAACCAGAC